GGCUGUGGCAGAGAGAGGAGAAGUAUAGCCUGACUCCCUCCGUGGUUAAUCUUCCCGGAGCGUUAGCAGCAACGACUAUUCUGAAGAUUAGAUCUGCGUUUCCCAUCACGACUGGAGCAAAGAUUUAAUCAUUCCUCGGUGUACUAAAGCAAAGACGAGUUGUCGAGGUCGGCUGUAGCCAGAUUUGAAGUUAAUCUUCUGAACGUAUCCAUGUUUGCGGAUCAACACCGGCUUGGCGGUGCCCUCAAUUGAGUGUGCGCACAGGGGAGACGCUCGCAGCACUGUUCCAAGUAUACGCUGCCAACGAUGAAAGAGGAGAUACAUUGUUUUCGGGACUAUCUGAAAUGGGGAGUCAAAAACUGCUAACACAAAUGAUAUUCUAGAAUUGGAAAACGGGUCUCAUUCUGAGUUUUAUAAGGAACUAUUCCAAAAGGAGAAAAGUCGUGUUUUUAUUUCUCUCAACAAUAAUGUAUAAGAGGAAAACUGUGGGUCGGAUGUCGAUUUCUGUUUGAUACGGAUACGGAGAAGUGGCAAGAUAUCAGCAUGAAUUAAAAGCAGAAAGAAAGAAAAGGCAGACAUCAAUGUUCAUUUUUAUUUUGGAGCGAGUACCAUGGCGAAAAGGAAGGGACUGUUGUUUUCGCUGCUUUACUUGAUGGCAGAGUUUUGGCUGAGUUGGCAGCAAGUCCUUAGAAUCGGGGGUAUCUUUGAGACCCUUGAGAAUGAGCCCAUUAGUGUGGAGGAGCUGGCCUUUAAAUUCGCUGCGACAAACAUCAACAGGAACCGGACCUUAAUGCCCAACACCACACUGACCUACGACAUCCAGAGAAUCAACCUAUUCGACAGCUUCGAAGCCUCCAGAAGAGCCUGUGACCAGUUGGCUCUGGGUGUCGGGGCGGUGUUUGGCCCCUCUCACAGCUCCUCCGUCAGUGCUGUCCAGUCCAUCUGCAAUGCUCUGGAGGUACCCCAUAUUCAGACCCGGUGGAAACACCCCUCUGUGGACAACAAGGACAGCUUCUACAUCAACCUGUACCCAGAGUAUGCCUCCAUCAGCAGAGCAAUACUGGACAUCGUACAGUACUACAAGUGGAAGACAGUCACUGUGGUUUACGAGGAUGCAACUGGGUUAAUUCGUCUUCAGGAGCUGAUCAAAGCUCCGUCCAGGUACAGCAUCAAGAUUAAGAUUCGCCAGCUGCCGACGGAGAGUAAAGACGCCCGGCCGUUACUAAAGGAGAUGAAGAAGGGGAAAGAGUUCUAUGUUAUCUUCGACUGUUCCUACCAGACCUCCGCAGACGUACUCAAACAGAUCAUGUCCAUGGGGAUGAUGACUGAGUAUUACCACUUCUUCUUCACUACUCUGGACCUAUUUGCUCUGGACCUGGAGCCGUACAGGUACAGCGGUGUGAACAUGACCGGGUUCCGCCUCCUCAACAUAGACAACCCCCAGGUCGCCUCCGUGGUUGACAAGUGGUCCAUGGAGCGCCAGCAAGCCCCGCCCAAACCAGAGACGGGCAUGCUGGAUGGCAUGAUGACGACUGAGGCAGCGUUGAUGUAUGAUGCUGUGUACAUGGUGGCAGCAGCCUCCCAGCUCUCCACUCAGAUCACUGUCAGCUCACUGCAGUGCCACAGACACAAACCCUGGCGCUUCGGAGCACGAUUCAUGAACAUGUUCAAAGAGGCGACGUGGAACGGUUUGACAGGACAGAUCAUUAUAAACAAGACAGACGGUUUGAGGAAAGACUUUGACCUGGACGUCAUCAGUCUGAAGGAAGACGGCUUGGAGAAGACGAUCGGGGGCAAUAGCCACCUCAAUAAAGUGUGGAAAAAGAUUGGAUUGUGGAACUCCAACAACGGCCUUAACCUUACCGAAAGUCUGAAGGAUACGGGGACUAACAUCACAGAUUCCAUGGCCAACAGGACUCUGGUCGUCACCACUAUCCUGGAAAACCCUUACGUCAUGUACAAGAAGUCUGACAAGCCUCUGUACGGUAACGACCGGUUCGAAGGUUACUGCCUGGACCUACUGAAGGAGCUGUCCAACAUCCUGGGAUUUGCCUACGAGGUUAAACUGGUAUCUGACGGGAAGUAUGGAGCUCAAAACGAUAAGGGAGAAUGGAACGGCAUGGUGCGGGAACUCAUAGACCAUGUAGCAGACCUGGCUGUGGCUCCUCUGACCAUCACCUAUGUGAGGGAGAAGGUGAUAGACUUCUCUAAACCCUUUAUGACCCUGGGAAUCAGUAUCCUGUACCACAAACCCAACGGCACCAACCCCGGAGUGUUCUCCUUCCUCAACCCCCUGUCUCCUGACAUCUGGAUGUACGUACUACUGGCCUGCCUCGGAGUCAGCUGUGUCCUGUUUGUCAUCGCCAGGUUUACCCCCUAUGAGUGGUACAACCCUCACCCCUGUAACCCUGACUCUGACGUGGUGGAGAACAACUUCACUCUCAUCAACUCUGUCUGGUUUGGGGUGGGAGCUCUGAUGCAGCAAGGAUCUGAGCUGAUGCCUAAAGCCCUGUCUACGAGGAUAGUAGGAGGCAUCUGGUGGUUCUUCACCCUCAUCAUCAUCUCCUCUUACACGGCCAACCUGGCUGCCUUCCUCACCGUGGAGAGGAUGGACUCUCCCAUCGACUCGGCUGACGACCUGGCCAAGCAGACUAAGAUCGAGUAUGGAGCUGUGAGGGACGGAUCAACCAUGACCUUCUUCAAGAAAUCCAAGAUCUCCACCUAUGAGAAGAUGUGGGCGUUUAUGAGCAGCAGGAAGAACACAGCUCUGGUGAAGAACAACAGAGAGGGGAUCCAGAGAGUCAUGACCACAGACUACGCUCUCCUCAUGGAGUCCACCAGCAUAGAGUACAUCAGUCAGAGGAACUGUAACCUCACGCAGAUCGGAGGCCUCAUAGACUCUAAGGGCUACGGCGUAGGCACUCCCAUAGGCUCCCCCUACAGAGACAAGGUGACCAUCGCCAUCCUGCAGCUCCAGGAAGAAGGGAAGCUCCACAUGAUGAAGGAGAAGUGGUGGAGAGGGAACGGUUGUCCUGAGGAGGACAGUAAGGAGGCCAGCGCCUUGGGAGUGGAGAACAUCGGUGGCAUUUUCAUAGUGCUGGCAGCCGGACUGGUUCUCUCUGUGUUUGUAGCUAUCGGAGAGUUCAUUUACAAAUCCAGGAAAAACUUGGACAUAGAGGAGGUGAGUGUAGGGCAGUGUGAGUGGCAUCAUAAGUACUAACAGAAAAAAAGGUGCUCCAAGACUGUUAUUAUGGACCUUCUACAUAGAGUAGGUUGCUGUGGACCUUAUACACACAGUCAGUCAGUUGCUAUGGACAUUAUACAAUUCACACAGUCAGUCAGUUACUAUGGACAUUAUACAAUACACACAGUCAGUCAGUUGCUAUGAACAUUAUACAAUACACACAGUCAGUCAGUUGCUAUGGACAUUAUACAAUACACACAGUCAGUCUGUUGCUAUGGACAUUAUACAAUACACACAGUCAGUCAGUUGCUAUGGACAUUAUACAAUACACACAGUCAGUCUGUUGCGAUGGACAUUAUACAAUACACACAGUCAGUCAGUUGCUAUGGACAUUAUACAAUACACACAGUCAGUCAGUUGCUAUGGACAUUAUACAAUACACACAGUCAGUCAGUUGCUAUGGACAUUAUACAAUACACACAGUCAGUCAGUUGCUAUGGACAUUAUACAAUACACACAGUCAGUCAGUUGCUAUGGACAUUAUACAAUACACACAGUCAGUCAGUUGCUAUGGACAUUAUACAAUACACACAGUCAGUCUGUUGCGAUGGACAUUAUACAAUACACACAGUCAGUCAGUUGCUAUGGACAUUAUACAAUACACACAGUCAGUCAGUUGCUAUGGACAUUAUACAAUACACACAGUCAGUCAGUUGCUAUGGACAUUAUACAAUACACACAGUCAGUCUGUUGCGAUGGACAUUAUACAAUACACACAGUCAGUCAGUUGCUAUGGACAUUAUACAAUACACACAGUCAGUCAGUUGCUAUGGACAUUAUACGAUACACACAGUCAGUCAGUUGCUAUGGACAUUAUACAAUACACACAGUCAGUCAGUUGCUAUGGACAUUAUACAGCACAUAGAGUUAUACCGUUGUUACUGACCUUGUAUAAACACAGUCAGUCAGUCAGUCAGUUGCUGUGGACUUUAUACAUUACAGUACACCCAUUCAGACUGUUAUGGACUGUACACACAGUCAGUUGCUAUGGACCGUACACACAGUCGGUUGCUAUGGACCGUACACAGAGUCGGUUGCUAUGGACCGUACACACAGUCGGUUGCUAUGGACCGUACACACAGUCGGUUGCUAUGGACCGUACACAGAGUCGGUUGCUAUGGACCGUACACACAGUCGGUUGCUAUGGACCGUACACACAGUCGGUUGCUAUGGACCGUACACACAGUCGGUUGCUAUGGACCGUACAGUCGGUUGCUAUGGACCGUACACACAGUCUGUUGCUAUGGACCGUAUACACAGUCAGUUCCUAUGGACCUUAAACACACAAAGUUAGUUGCUUUUAUGAAUGUUGUUUUCUCGUCAAAGGACAGCUUUUUUAAAAUCAGGACAACUUGUUUCAUCAGGCCAACAGUUUGGAUUUGGGGAACGGCAGUGCAACAAUCACACACAAAUGACUUUAUUGUAGAGUAGGCCUAGUGUUUGACGUACUUUUGAUUUAGAUAAAAAAUGAACAUUUUAUUCCUUUAUUGGCACAAUAUCUUAUUUAUAACGAGAGUCGGUUGGGUUUAAGGGAGGCACACCACUUGACUGUCUUGGCCUUGCUGUUUCUGUGUGAAAAUGUAUUAUUUUGUGUCAUGACAUGAUACUGUAGGUAAGUGAUGAAGAUAUAAGAUUUCACUGGAGGUUAAUACGCACCAUUACUGAUCUAUAACUUGUUAAUUACAUUUGCUGAUCUAUAACUUAUUGAUUACAUUUAACUAAUGAUUAGGUUUGAGGAUAUCAUGUUUUGCUUGCAAAUGUUUGCAAAUUUACAUCCAGGUAUUUGUACAGCAUAACGUAACAGUAUUGCUUCUUCUGACCACCUUUGCUUGUAUUCAUAUAUAUGAAAAUAUCUGAAUGAUUGUAUGUACAUGUGAGUGAGGUUUUUCCGAAUCAUUUAUGGAUGAGAUGCGCCUUGAGACUUUAUUCAUUGAGUUGCUUUCAUUCUUUGCUUUUUGUAUCAUUUGACGUUCAUGAAAAUGCAUGUAAAAGUUGUCAUGUUGGUUUUGUUUAUGAACGACUAAAGUUAUGUGGAGAACAUGA